UCGAUUAGAUAUUAUCGAACAAAUAAAUAAGCGAUUCUCUCACCGAUCGAAAAUCACUUUGGUUGCCGUCGCUCCUGUGAAGACACUACCAUGAAAGUCCUCGCAUCCGUCUGCAGCAUCAUAUUCGCGACCUGCAUCGCGGCGUCCCUGGCAGAGACCCCGUAUGUUCCGUGCGACGAUGGACCUACGCCGCAAUCGUUGAGGGUGGAAGGAUGCAAUAGUUCUCCUUGCAACUUAUACAGAGGGACCAAUUUAAAGGCUCAAUGGGACUUUGCCGCCAACGCCGAUGCAAAAACGUUAAAACCCCGCGUGAAAGUCACGAUUUGGGGAAGCACAAUAAACUAUCCGUAUCCCGAGCAGGAUGCAUGCAAGUCCCUGACGAACGGUGAAUGCCCGUUGAACGAGGGCGACGAGGCAACGUACAACUUAUUGAUGCCGAUAUCUAAGGUUUAUCCAUCUUUGACUCUGACCAUCGAGUUCGGCCUGGUCGACGAGAACAAAAAUGUGCAAGUGUGCUUCAAGGUGGAUGGCAAAGUGACCGAUAAAUAAGUUCUCGCCUCACGGCCUCGAUAGCUUUAACACACCUAUGAUAACGAAGCGAAUCACCAAGUCAAAUCAUCCUAGCAAUUAAUAUUUUUCUCACGAAAAAAGUCUUUGUUUCGUGUUUCGCGACGAUCGUUCGCGACGAUAUCGCCAAAUUAUACGUAUAUAUUUUAUAGCUGUGAGCGGCGAACCAAGUACGAAUUAACGAUCAAGUUGAGCGUUAAGAUAUACCUAUCCAUUCUCCUACCUACCCGUAUUACAAUUUAUCUUAUAAGAUGUCACGUAGUUUCGAUCGUUUCUUCUGGUCAAAAUUGGACUCACCUUUCGUUGUUACUGGCCAAAUCCAUUUUGGCUGUAUGUCAGCCAGAAAAUGAGAAGGAGACAAACUCCUUCAAUGCCGGCUGAUUAACAGCGCCGGUAGACGUACGAUUAUAAUGUUGCGGUCGAUUACGAAUCGUUGUGAUCGUUAAUAAGCGCGCGUUAAUUAUAUCGGAAAAAAAUAAACAACCACGUUAGAUCGUUGAUAAAAGUUUAAUUAAGUGACUUCAUUUUGAUUUUAAUUUCACAAUGAUACGCGUAAUUAAAUGUAUUCGUCGUAAGAAUUAUACAGUAGCAAUGGAAAGUAAAAUAGAAUUAUAUAUAUAUCGUCAAGAAAUGAAAGAAUUUUAUGUUAAUCGCGUUCUAAUAAAAAUCGUCGUGAUUAUAUCUCAUAAUCAGUCGUGAAUAUCUGGAUUUCAAUAGUACAAUGUAGAAACACGAGACAACAGAAAUUUAAAAAUUAAUCAAAGACUCGAUCAAUCAAUUAUUUAUUAAUGAAUGGACAAACAAUGCUUGGUAUGAACCGAAUCGCGAACCGAAUCACGAAUCGCUACUUAAUCUCACUUUAGAUAUCAAGUGAGAUAUUCAGACUAAAUGACGUGAGAUCCAAAGGGACUAAUAAUUUCUCCACAUAAUUAAUAUCGCAAUCAAUAUGAUGAAUUUAUCAAGUUCUUACGCUGUAACAUUUGUCUUUGCAAAUUCUUAUAUACAUAUCUAUAUAAAUAUUUCGUUAUUAUAACGCAAAUUGUUAUCAAAUUUAUAUUUAAUAUGACAUAUCAGAAUACAUAUCUACGAUUAUAUUAUGUAUUUUAAUGUAGUGUAAUUGAUACAAAAACUAUCGAUUUUGAGAUAAUUUUCAUAAAAAAUGAUUCUGUCCCGCAACAAAAUAUUCAAUGGAUCUCACGUUAUUUUAUUUUGCUUUGCUUAAUACAAAGCCAAGCUACAUGGAUAGACUGUAAAAGAUUAGGAUAAAAUCGGUGUAUUAUACAGUGUAUAUACAUAUGUAUAUACAACAAAAAUAAAUACGAUUAACAUUUUUUAGUGUGAUCUAUAUACCUAUGUAUGUACAAUAAGGUUCAUGUGGAAUAUAUGCAACGUGAGUUAAAAUA